AUGUCCGCCUUGUCUGUGGUCGAACGACGAGUAGUGAAAUCGAAUAAGUUUGCGUCUUUCUUACCCAAUUCAAUCGAAGCUCUUCCACGGCUUAAACACCUUAACCACCUCUUGACAGUCUGUGGUAAAUCAAAUCACCUGAGGACUGGUGAAUCGAUUCACGCUCAUUUGAUCGUCACAAACCAAGCGUCUCGCGCUAAGGACGCAUGGCAGAUUAAUUCUCUGAUCAACCUCUACACGAAAUGCGGGAAAACUGUAAAUGCACGAAAGGUGUUCGAUUUAAUGCCCCAGAGAAACGUUGUUUCUUGGACUUCGUUGAUGAAAGGUUAUCAGGAUUCUGGGUUUGACUCGGAAGUUUUGAAGAUGUUCAAAAGUAUGGUUUUUUCCGGUGAAUCGGAAUCGCGACCUAACGAGUACGUAGCAACUGUGGUUUUGAAAUCUUGCUCAAGCUCUCUGAGAUUGGAAGAAGGUAAGCAGUGUCAUGGAUGUUUUCUUAAACAUGGUUUGACGUCACAUGAGUUUGUACGGAACUGUCUUGUGUACAUGUACUCUUCGUGUUCGGGGACACGAGAGGCGAUUCGGAUUUUAGAUAAUCUUCAGUAUUGUGAUCUUCUUGCUUAUAAUUCAGCUCUUAGUGGAUAUUUAGAGUUUGGUGCUUUAAGAGAAGGUGUUGACGUAUUGAGGAAGAUGGCUAGAGAGGAUUUUGUGUGGGACAACUUCACGUACAUGUCUUGUUUAAAGCUAUGCUCUAGUCUCAAAGAUUUGGAAAUGGCUCGGCAGAUUCAUAGCAGAAUAGUGAGAGCUGGUUUGGAUGAGGAAGGCGUGACUGGUGCGCUGAUUAACAUGUAUGGCAAAUGUGGUAAAGUCUUGUAUGCGCAGAGAGUUUACGACAAUACGAAAGAUCGAAACAUUGUUAUGAAAACAUCGCUUAUGGAUGCUUACUUCCAGGACAAGUCUUUUGAGGAUGCUCUGAAUCUGUUUGCGGAAAUGGAUACUAAAGAGGUUCAUCCUAAUGAUUACACUUUCGCUGUUUUGUUGAACUCGGUCUCAGAGCUUUCCCUUCUGAAACACGGCGAUCUUGUACACGGUCUUGUUGUGAAAUCCGGUUUUCAGAGCCAUGUUAUGGUUUGUAAUGCGUUGGUUAACAUGUAUGCUAAAAGUGGCAGCAUUGAGGAUACAUGGAAAGUAUUCUCAGGGAUGAGUUUUAGGGACAGAGUUACUUGGAACACAUUGAUAUGUGGAUUCUCACAUCAUGGAUUAGGGAGGGAAGCGCUUGAAGCUUUUGAUAAAAUGAUGACUUCAGGGGAGAUCCCUAACCACAUAACCUUCAUCGGCGUUUUGCAAGCUUGUAGCCAUAUUGGUUUUGUGGAGGAAGGGCAUUACUACUUUAACCAGGUAAUGAAGCAAUUUGGUGUUGAGCCUGAUCUACGGCAUUACACAUGCAUUGUCAGACUUUUGAGCAAGGCUGGAUUGUUCAAGGAGGUUGAGACUUUCAUGAGAACAGCUCCUAUUGAAUGGGAUGUUGUUGCGUGGAGAUCUUUGCUAAACGCUUGUUAUGUUCGCCGGAAUUACAGUUUAGGUAAGAAGAUAGCUGAAUACGCCAUUGAGAUGUAUCCAAACGAUUCGGGAAUGUACAUUUUGUUGUCCAAUAUCCAUGCCAAGUCGAAGGAGUGGGAAGGCGUGGCGAAAGUGCGGACUUUGAUGAAGCAGAGGAGGGUUAAGAAGGAGCCUGGAAUAAGCUGGAUAAGUAUACGGAACCAAGUCUAUGUGUUUCUUUCGGAGGACAAUCAACACCGCGAGAUUUUGCUGAUUUAUGCGAAGGUGAAGGAGGUUUUGGCAAAGAUUAGGCCGUUAGGGUACGCAGCUGAUGUUGCUGGAGAUUUCCAUGAUGUUGAUGAAGAACAGAGAGAGAACAACCUUGCUUACCAUAGCGAGAAGCUAGCUGUGGCGUACGGUCUGAUGAAAACGCCAGAGAACUCGACGUUGUACGUGACGAAAAACGUGAGGAUAUGUGAUGAUUGUCACUCUGCAAUCAAGCUUAUCUCGAAGGUCUCAAACCGGUUGAUAGUCGUUAGAGAUUCCAAUCGGUUCCAUCAUUUCAAAGAUGGUCAUUGUUCUUGCUGUGAUUAUUGGUGA